AUGUUGCUUGGCGAAGUGGGCGCAGCGAGGUUAGAGCCGAAUGUUGUGAGUUGCAGUUCUGCAAUCAGCGCGUGCCAGAGAGUCGGGCAGUGGAAGUUGGCGCUGUCGCUUCUCGAUGAUAUGGUUGAAUGGUCAUUAAAACCAAACGUCAUUAGCUACAAUGCUGGAAUCAGCGCUUGCGAGAGGGGAGGGCAGUGGCAGGAGGUGUUUCUGCUGCUGAGCGCGAUGCGCAGGGCAAGGUUGGACCCGGACGCAAUCAGUUUCAAUGCUGGGCUGAGGGCGUGCAGGGACGGUGGGCAGUGGCGGUAUGCAGUAUCAAUACUCGAAGACAUGGUGAUGGCCCAGCAGGAGCCGAAUCUCAUUAGCUACAGUGUUGGAAUGAGCGCCUGCGAGGCAGGCGGGCAGUGGCAGCAGGCUUUGGCGCUGCUCGCCGACAUGCGCGGAGCGAAACUACAGCCAGACGUUGCCAGCUACAACGUCUGCAUCAGCGUGUGCGAUACGGGCUUGCAGUGGCAGCGGGCCGUGUCGUUGUUGUGCGAAUUACGAGAGUCGAAGCUGGAGCCAAACGCCAUCAGCUACAAUGCUGGAAUCAGGGCGUGCGAGGGAGGCGGGCAAUGGCAAUUGGCAUUGGUUUUGCUGGGUGACAUGGGGGAUUCAAAGUUGGAGCCGAACGUCAUCAGGUAUGCGUUCAAUGCAGGCAUAAGUGCUUGCGAAAAGUGCGGGCAGUGGCAGCAAGCGCUGGCCUUGCUUAACGGGAUCGGACAAGCUACAUCUAAUCCAAAUGUGAUUAGCUACAGUGCUGGCGUAAGUGCUUGUUUGAAGUCUGGGCAGUGGCAUCAUGCGAUUACCGUAUUGAGUGACAUGGAGGCUGCGAAAGUGCGGCGGGACGUCAUCAGCUUCAGUGCUGGGAUCACCGCCUUCGAGAAGAGUGGGCAGUGGCAGCAGGCUUUGUGCCUCCUUCGCGAGUCGACAUGGUCGAAGAUGCAGCCUGACGUGAUAUCCUUCUAUAGUGCUGGGAUCAGCGCGUGCGAUAAAGGUGGCCUGUGGCUGCAGGCACUUUUGCUGCUUCGUGAGAUGAGUGAGAGGAAAAUCAGUCCCAACGCUGUCAGCUACAAUGCCGCGAUUAGCGCUUGCGCUAAUACAGGGCAAUGGCAGUGGUCGCUGUCCCUUCUCAGCGAAUUGCGACAAGCGGAACUGGAACCAGACGCUAUCAGCUACAGCUGUGGAGUUAGCGCGUGCGAAGAAUCUGGGCAGUGGCAAAAGGCGCUGUCUCUACUCCGCGAAAUGUUGGAAACGAGCUUGAAACUGGACGUCAUGAGCUACUGCGCCGGAAUCAGCGCGUGCGAGCAAGUUGGGCUCUGGCAGCAGUCGUUGUCGCUAUUCCGAGACAUGUGCUCCGCAAAGUUGGAGCCAGACGCGUUCAGCUUCAAUUCUGCGUUGGGCGCCUGCGAACAAGGCGCGCAAUGGGAGCAUGCCUUGUCGUUGCUUCGUGACAUGAGGCUCGCAGAGACAGAACCAGAUGCGGUUAGCUAUAACGCAGGCGUCCGCGCUUGCAAAAGGAGUGGACAAUGGCGCCGCGCGCUCUUCGAGAUGAGGAAUGCUCAGUUGGAACCGGAUGCACUUAGCUACAAAAUGGGUAUCAGCUUGUGCGCGUGGCACGAGGUACUGCUGUUGCUCAGCGAAAUGAGAGAGCUUAACAUUGAGCUGGACCUUGAUCUCCUCAGUGCUGGAGUUGUCGCGUGCGAUGAAGGUGCGCAGUGGGAGCAAGCCGUAUCGCUUCUGAGCGAAAUGAAGGAGGCGAGCAUUGAGCCAGAUGGUAUUAGCUACAGUGCUGGCAUCCGCGUCUGCAAAGCAUGUCAGCAGGGUCAGCGGGCGCAGACUCUUAUGCAGGAAGCAAAACUGGAACCAGAUAUUAGGACCUUUGGGAGCGAAUGUGGGCAGUGGCAGCGGGCGCUGACAGAGAUGAUGGAAGCGAAGUUGCAACCAGAUGCUGCCAGUUAUAAUGUUGUAAUUCGCGCUUGCGCGCAGGUUUGGUCUUGGCGGCAGGCGCUAUGGCUGUUGAGCAACGUCGCAGAAACACAGUUACAGCCGAAUGUCGAUAGCUUUAGUGCUGCAGCCAGCGCGUGCGAGAACAGUGGGCAGUGGGAGCGAGCUUUGUCGCUGCUCAGAGCCAUGGGUGAGGCGACGUUGGAGCUCGACGCCAUCAGCUAUAAUGCUGGAGUCGGCGCAUGCAGACGAGGCGGGCGGUGGCGUCACAUGUUGUCUUUGAUCACGAGCAUGAGGAAUGCUAAGUUGGAGCCUGAUGUAAUCAUUUGUGGUCUUGAGGCUAGCCUGUUCGACCAAGAUGAGGACUGGCAGCAGGUGCCGCCCGAAGUGAGAGAGUUCCUGCUGGAGCUGGAAGCCACAAGCUACAAUGCCAGAAUCAAGGCAUGCGAGGGAACCAGACAAUGGCGGAACGCAUUGUCUCUUAUCAGCGAAAUGGAUCAAGCGCGGCUGCAGCUUGACGUCGUCACCUUCAACGCUGGCAUCGCAGCAUGCCGUGCUGCUGGUCAUUGGCAUCAGGCGAUAUUGCUGAUCAGAGGUAUGGGGGCAUCGACGGUCGACCCCGAUGCUAGCUGCUAUGCCGAUGGGGUCAUUGCGUGCGAGAAGUGUGGGAAGUGGCAGCACGCGCUGUCGCUGCUCAGCGACAUGGUGGGAGCUGAGCUGGCGCCAGAUAUGAUCAGCUAUUCUGCUGGAGUCAGCGUUUGCGGCAAAAACGGAAAGUGGCGGCACGUUCUGUCUUUGGUCAGCGAGAUGAAAGACGCGAAAUUAUCCGUACGUGAACUGUUAUACCGUUGCAGUCAACGGGUGCCGGAGAAGUGGUCAAUGGCACAUGGCUGUGGUGCUCAUGAAGGAUGCAAAUAUGGUGCCUGA